AUGUCUUCAGUGUUGGGCUCACAAGGGGUGGUCUUGGCCACAGCCAUGGCGGUCUCUGGCACUGUCAUCCUCCUAGCUCUUCGCCUACAGAAAUCCUUGCCCAAUUCUCACUUCCCAGUUGACGAAAUCAACCAGUCCUCACCUCAAAUUCUACGAUCUUGUAUAUCUUCUGAAGGAAAGAAGAGGAGGAAGAAGAACAAAAGGGUGCACUUUGCAGAGGAUGUGGUGGAUCCAAGUGGAGAUGGUCAGGAGUUUAGAAGGCAGCAUCAGAUAAUUACCUCCACUUCUUCCAAUUCUUCUUCUUCUUGCUUGUCGGCAUCUUCAACUUCAUCUACAGUACUGAAUUUUAAAAAGACAAGGGCCCAAAAAUUCAAAGCACCAAUGCCUGCUAACCGCGCGGCUCUCUACAAUGGAAUUCUCAGGGAUCGUGUGGUUCACCGAUUGGCCUACUCAUACUGA